GCAUACAACAUACAACCCCAUGGCAGCAGCAGCAGCUGUGGUCAGAGGCUCAACUCCUUCUCGCUCAGCUGGGUUUUUAGGUACCAGCAGCAGUGGGCCGAUGGCAGACCUGUAUGCAGCGGCCAAUCAGGAAUCAGCCAUCAGUAGCUAUAUCAGCGCUGCAAGUCCCGCCCCCAGCACUGGAUUCAGCCACAGCCUCGGGGGCCCUCUGAUUGCUACAGCAUUUACUAACGGCUAUCACUGAAAUGAGUGACAGCUGAAAUAGUAUUCAUGCUUCUGACGUCUUCCCUACAUCUUAAGGAAGGAUUUUUGAAGUAUAAUGUGAUCUCAAUCGAAUAUAAUGGACGCACUCUACGUGCCGCAGGCUUUUAUUAUUUUAUCAAGCUCUCUGACUUUGAAUGGUUUUGGAGGAAAUUAAACAACGUUAAACUGCUGGAAUGUCAGCUGCAACACUAUUAAUGUGAUGUGUCAUAUUUUCUGUUUAUGAAUUACUGUCACAUCAGUCUCUAAACUAACCUCCUGCUCCUCUUAUAUAGAGCUAAACCUGUAAAUAAUUCGUUCAUUUCUCAGUUUAAAAUGCUAACAACGUAAGUGUAUUUUUUUGUUGUUGUUUUAGAUUUAUUUCAUUUUUAUCUCUCGGUUCAAAGUUGUAUCUUUUUUGUUUGUGAUGACAUUGUACAUAUAGGUAUGUAACUGUAGAAAAGCCUUUUCAUUUUAACAGCAUAUGAGCAAUAAUCUGUCAACUUGUGAAUCUUUGUAGUGUAUUUAAAAGGCUUAAUCACUUUCAGACACAUUUGGUACAUUUUCUACUGAAGAAUAUACUGUGAUGGGAUGUCAAAAUGUAUAUUUUGCUAGUUUUGCAACUGGAUUUAUUACAUAGAUCAUGAAAAUAGCAGUAAUUAAAAGGAGAACAUACUUGUCAGACUUAGAUAAGACCUUGUUUGUGUAAAAUAUUGUAUAUACUAUCUUUUUGAUCUGGUGAGAUCUAUCGGCUUGAUUAAAAGAGCUUUUUAUGCUCAAGAACGCAAACACAUGAUAUUCUGUGUCCAAAAAUGCCCCCACCCCCUCCACGAUUUGAUGAACUUUUUUUUUUUUUUUUUUUGCGACAGAAGGCAAUGUGAAUGAUGCUACUGUUGAGUGAAUGUACUGUAUGUCUAUGUUUGUUCGAGAGUGAAUGUAUGUCUGAUGCUGUCGUGAUCUAAUGUUAUUAUCUUCAGUAAGAUGAUUUAAAAUGUGAAUUGUAACCCCUAUAUCCAUGCUGUUACGUUGCUUUUACCAAGUUUAUAUCUAUAAUGCAAUUCCUUUAAUCUCUUUUAGGGGUUUAAAGUAAUUGUAAUAAUUGGAAUAUGAAUGUCCUUCAAUUAACUGAAGAUUCUGGUACUGGUGAAAAAAAAAGUAGCAACACUAAUAUAAAGCGUUUAUGAAGUAAACAGGAUGGCUGUUAUUAAGUGAAAGUUUUAAUGUUUCUUGUUUGAAGCUUAAAUAAAAAAAUAAUAAAAGUAAAUUUGGAAAUGCAAA